UCUUCAAUUUUUUAAUUCUUCCUGCACCCAGAGAGUAGUAGCAUGCAUAGAAUAACCAUUCUUUAGUUAUUUUUUUCCUCAAAACUCUUUCUUCUUUUCUUCUUUUUAUUUUUUCAACUGUUGACUAUUUUAAGUGCUCAGAUCAACUGGUUAUAGAGUAAUAUAUUUAUCAAGUCAAACGAUCUUCACAAGGCCAGCUCCAUAAGGAACCCUAAAAAUGUAUUUGUUUUCUGGCUGGGGCAGGUAUCCUGGAUUAUUCAAUGAUUUCUGUUCAUGACUUUCAGAGGAUUUGACUGAACUUUCCACAUUAAAAUAAAUAAAUAAAUAGAUUGUCAUUUAGUCACAUUGAGGUUACUAAUAUAUGAUUUUAUUGGUUGACGAUCACAAUUAACUAAUUAAGUAUUCCGGGUUUGGUAAGAAACUACAAAGCUUUACUUCUGAAUUUCAUCAAAACCAGUUCAUAAUUGUCGUGUUUUGAUGUUUCACUAAUUGGGAUGCCAAUGGGUGUUGGAACCAAUAGUAUUAGUAUAGUAAAUUUCUCCAUGUUCUUCCUAUUCAUCUUCAGCUUGCUUCCCUCAUGCCACUGGGUGCUAGCUUAUAACAUAACUCCUUCACGACCAUUAUUACAGGGACAGACAAUAGUCUCUCCUGGCCAGAAUUUCGAAUUGGGGUUCUUCAGUCCUAAUAAUUCUGCUCGUAAGUAUGUGGGGUUGUGGCACAGAAGUAUAUUUCCUCGUAAAUUUGUUUGGGUGGCUAACAGAGAAAAUCCUCUUGAAGUUACUAACACCUUGGCUAAUUUGAGAAUUGGCAGCACUGGGAAUCUGGAGCUCAUAGAUGGGAAACAGAGUUCUAUGUGGUCAACCAAUAUUUCAGUGUCAACUAAUGGUUCAGCUGCAGUUCUUUCAGACAAUGGAAACUUUGUUCUCAAAGAUGAUAUGGGAGUUGAAUUGUGGCAGAGUUUUGAUUAUCCAAGUGACUCACUUCUGACAAACAUGUUCCUGGGAUUCAAUGGUAAUUCUGGAAAACAGAAUUUCUUGACAUCCUGGAAAAGUGAAAAUGAUCCAUCAACUGGAAUAUUCUUGGUUGGAUUGUCAGCACAGACGCCAUCACAAAUGUUCAUUUGGGUUAAUACAUCAACUCCCUACUGGAGAAGUGGGCCAUGGGAUAAAUCCAAGUUCAUUGGUAUACCUGAAAUGAGUGCUGAGUAUCUGAGUGGAUUUACUCUAGAUGAUAAUGUGAAACAGGAAACAAGGUAUUUCUCUUUCACUAUAUUUGACAAAACUCUUGUAUAUCUUGACAUAUCUUCAGAAGGAAUUACAAAGAUUAUGUAUUCGAACACGGGAGAAAAUUGGAAUCUUUACUGGCACGCCCCAAAGAAUCCAUGCGAUAAUUAUGGCGCCUGUGGACCUUCUGGGGUUUGCAAAGCUUCUGACACUCCAGUCUGCAAGUGUUUGAAAGGGUUUAAGCCCAAGUCAGAUGAGGAAUGGAGCAAAAGAAACUGGACAGGAGGUUGUGUGAGACAAACCAAAUUGUUUUGUGAGACACACACAAAUAAAUCAGUCUCGUCAAUUGGAAAAGAAGAUAGGUUUUUGAAGAUGGAAAACAUGAAAGUACCCGAUAUUCAUGAAUAUCUGGAAUCUUUAUCUGAAAUGGACUGCAAGGUGCAGUGCUUGAAAAAUUGUUCUUGCCUAGCUUAUGCAUAUCUCAAUAAUAUAGGGUGUUUGGACUGGUCCAAAGACCUUAUUGAUUUACUGGAGUUUCCUUCUCGUGGAGUAGAUCUUUAUAUUCGCCUAUCACGCUCAGAACUAGAUGAAGGAAAGCCAAUAAGGUUAAUUGCCAGCCUAACCACUAUUGGUUUUGUGAGUAUCUUGGCUGCCAUAGUCUUCGGUUUGCACAGGUUGCGUGCCAAUCAAAAGCGCCACAUCAAAUUAAGAAAACAGAGCUUGGAAUCAACUGGUAUGAUUAAGACUUAUAGAGAUGGUCUUCGAGAGUAUAUAGGAAAGCAUGAUUCCUCGGAGCUAAAGGUAUAUGAUUUUGAUAGCAUACUAAUUGCUACAGACAAUUUUAGCAUCACAAACAAACUUGGGCAAGGAGGGUUUGGCCCAGUUUAUAAGGGGAUGCUACCAGAAGGGAAGGAAAUAGCAGUAAAAAGAUUAUCUAGUAGCUCAGGACAAGGUGUUGAGGAGUUCAAGAAUGAGAUGCUGGUGUUCUCCAAUCUUCAACACAAAAAUCUUGUUAGGAUCAUGGGUUGUUGUGUUAAAGAGGAUGAGAAAUUACUUAUUUACGAAUUCAUGGCAAACAAAAGCUUGGAUACUUUUCUAUACGAUCUGACAAAGAGACCAGUGCUUGAUUGGGCUGCACGCUUCAAUAUUAUUCAGGGUGUUGCUAGAGGGCUUCUUUAUCUCCAUCAUGAUUCGUAUGUGAAGGUGAUACAUAGAGAUCUAAAAGUCAGUAACAUUCUCUUGGAUGAGAAAAUGAAUCCUAAAAUUUCAGAUUUUGGAUUGGCACGCAUAGUUGAAGGAACACAGAAUCUAGAAAAUACUUUGAAGGUUGUGGGAACACGUGGCUAUAUGUCUCCGGAGUAUGCCAUGGGCGGAAUAUUUUCCGAAAAAUCUGAUGUCUACAGUUUUGGGAUCUUGGUAUUGGAGAUUAUUAGCAGCAAGAAAAAUACCAGCUUCUGUUUACUUGACCAACAGCUAGGCUUGCUUGCCUAUGCGUGGAAAAUGUGGAAUGAGGGCAGGGGCUUAGAGUUAGUAGAUGAAGUACUGGGUGAUUCAUAUUCCUCAUCACAAGUAGUGAAAUGCAUGCAUAUUGGGCUUCUUUGUGUACAGGACAAUGCAGCUAAUAGGCCAACCAUGCCGGAUAUAGUUUUGAUGCUAACUAGUGACAUAGAUGGUCUGCAACCUCGGAGGCCUGUAUUCACGAUUCAAAACUCAAUUCCUCAUUCUCAACCACAGUAUGACAAUACUAAUUCCUACACAAAUGAAGCUACUAUUACGGUGAUUCGAGGACGAUAAGCGUUAGUAAAUUGUUUGCUAUAGCAUAAUCCCAUUUAUCUUUAGUGUAUUUAUUCAGUCAAGAUGCUUUCAUUUUUGUUUUAUGGCUUUUUUGGUUUGUUUGUUUGUUUGUUAAUGUAUCUAAAGCUAUAAAAAGAGAGAACAUUAGUGAACUUGCUGACUUUCCCUAUUUGUGAUUAAUGAAAUUUCAGCCAGUGGUCAGCGUAUUUUCACCUUACAUUUUCAUAUCGAAUUCAAGUGAAUUGUCCUUUGUUGUUUUA